CCACAGCCAAGACCUUCGUUUCAGAGAGUGAUUUCAUAACAGGAGAAGCUUGAGAGAGUCGACUCUUAAUCUGGCCGAGCUGUUUCCAUGUGUUUGACGAAGUUAUUAACUCAGCCUGGUCCAGAGGGCUAAAAGUGUGUUUGUUGGCUCAUCCUCCUAAUCCAGGUUCUCUGGAGACAAGAGUGCUGAACAUUCCCUAGAGUUCUUGGACUAUGUAACAAGAAAACGGGGUGUGUGUAACUCGGAGCGAAUUGCUAACUUACUGUAAACUGUUAAGUAUAAUUAAGAAAUACAAGUUAAUGCUAAGUACAAAUGUAAUGUACAAAGACAAGCUUGAAAGGAGAGACCAAUUUAUAUUUCCCAUUAUAUACUCUUUUGUUGUCAAAGUUAAACCUAAGGUACAUAACUCAAAACAAGUUUAGAUUAAACUUAAAAUCUGUUUGAUAAAAAAGCAAUAUCCGUUCCUGCUGCCGGGCCGGGCUCAGGCUACUCUGAAGCGACCCAGCAGUUCUGCCUGACACGCCCCGCUCGAGACACCAUGGUGGCUUACUGGCAACAGGCUGGACUCAGCUACAUCCGGUUCUCCCAGAUCUGUGCAAAAGCAGUGAGGGAUGCCCUGAAGACCGAGUUCAAAGCGAACGCUGAGAAGACUUCGGGCAGCAGCAUAAAAACAGUGAAAGUGAAGAAGCCUGACUGAAGCCUGAAGUGCUGAGUCUUCCAGGUGAACCAUGUGGGCACCUGUUCCGGCAGAUGGAGAUCAGCCGUACCUCCUGGAGACAGACGACCCAUCUUGUUGAUGAAUUGGCCAUGUCAAUAAAUUAACACAGUUCACUCUCGGCUGGAAAAAAACAAAACAAAA